AUGCGGGAGGAAAAAGUUGAUGCUGCGGUGUCGCCUUCACUGGCCCUGAAUAGAGCCGAUCGUGAUGAUGUCCAUUCGAUAGCGACGAGUGGCGAUCCAGAAGUUGACGACAUGCGUUCUCGUUCCCAUAGCUCCAGCAUCAUGGCCGAGCAAGAGAAGAAUGACCCAGAAGACCCAGCACCUUUAUCACGCAUGUCGACCGAACUUGGUCCUGCGGUGGCAGUCCCUCGACUCAAACGCAGGGGCUUGUUCGGCUCACUUACUCUGGUGGCCGAAGUCGAGGACCCAAAGACCUAUCCCCGGAGGAUGAAAUGGUUCAUCACAUUCAUUGUAGCGUGGGCGGGUGCUACGGCGCCCAUGGGCAGCUCGAUCUUCUUCCCUUCACUGACCCAAGUGGCCAAGGAGCUGCACACAACGACCACCAUUACCAAUCUAUCCAUCGCCUUGUACAUGCUGAGCAUGUCAAUUUUUCCUCUAUGGUGGUCUUCCUUUAGCGAGCGUUUGGGACGACGUACGAUCUACCUGGUUUCGUUCCUUCUUUUCGUGCUUUUCAACUGCCUUUGUGCUAUUUCCAACUCUAUCGCUAUGCUUAUCGUGAUGCGAAUGUUAAGCGGCGGCGCCUCCGCUUCCGUUCAAGCUGUUGGCGCAGGAACAAUUGCCGAUCUGUGGGAUCCUCGGGAAAGAGGCCGCGCUAUGGGAAUAUUCUAUCUCAGGUCCGUUCCCAACGCUGGGGCUGGCGGAGUACACUGUGUAUACGGUGCGAUCACCGUCAUUUUCAUAUUUGUGGCGCUGCCCGAGACACUCGCUGUCCAGAAACCCACACUCCCCGAAAUCGAGGAAGAUGGCGAGCCCAUCAGCCAGUCUCUCAGCCGCGUUUCAACCCGACAAGUCGCUCGAACCACCACAAAAUGGCUUAAGAAGCUCAAAGUUAUUUUCAUCGAUCCGUUAAAAAUCGUCCUUUAUCUCCAAUACAUCCCCGUCCUCCUAACUGUCUACUACGCCAGCAUCGCCUUCGGUUCGCUCUAUGUGUUGAAUCGACAUUUUCAAAGCCCCCCAUAUAACUUUUCGACUAUCAUUGUUGGGCUUCUCUAUAUUCCAAAUUCAGUGGGAUAUGUGGUGGCCAGCUUAUUCGGUGGAAAGUGGAUGGAUAGCAUCAUGCAACGAGAGGCGAGAAAAGCAAAUCGCUACGACGAAAAAGGGAGACUGAUUUACCGACCUGAAGAUCGAAUGCGGGAAAACGCCUGGCUUGGAGCUUUUCUAUACCCAAUCGCGCUUAUCUGGUAUGGCUGGACGGCUGAAAAGGGAGUGUUCUGGCUGGUCCCGAUGAUCGCGAACUUUUUCUUUGGAAUCGGCUCUAUGUUGAUCUUUAGUAUGGUUACCACCAUGUUGACCGAGUUCAUGCCGAGAAAGUCCUCGGAGGGUGUUGCACUCAACAACUUCAUGCGAAACAUCUUCUCCUGUGUGGGAUCUGUCGUCACAGCUCCGAUCAUUCAUGGAAUCGGCAAUGGAUGGCUCUUCACGAUUCCGGGUCUAGUCGGUCUCGCAAGCAGCAGCGUCAUCUUUUUCAUGAGAGUCUUUGGGCCCCGUUGGAGGAUAAAAAUGGAUGCGAAAAUGAAUGUCGCUCGCACAUGA